AUGUUCUCCUUCACAAGGACGUGGGGACGAAUAUUGUCAUUAGAGUAUGUCAUGUGGCUCGUUCCCUUCAUCGAGUCGAUGUUAUCCUUCGCCUGCAACAUGAGCACUUUCCCAGAAGUUAUGGGUCAACUUUCAUAUCAUUUGAACUAUAACCUCAUCCUUGUACAACAUAUCUUGGUUAUUCUCGUUCAGUGGUACAUCUCGUUAAUUUUUAUGAUUAUACUUUUAAGUUCCUCAGCUUCAUAA